CGGCGGCCCCUGAUUAGCCCGCGGAGCGUCCGCCUUGCAUUUGGGAAGGUUUGUCCCGGACCUCGCGGCGACACGGGUGCCGAGGAUUGGCUGUUCCCGGGCUCGGGAGCGCUUUCUCCCGGGGAACCGUGGCUGGGAUCCAGGUGAUCACCAGAGGCGUUCUGCCCGCCUUGGGCAGCCCAGGCGUGGGUGAGGUUGCUGAGCCUGAAAGGAGGGGACGGAUCACCCCUUCUCCUAACACUCUGGACUGGCCUAGGAGUCUCCCUCAGGCUCAAUCACUGAGGUGCUUUAAGGUAACAAACCCAAGAGAUUGAGUAAAUUCACUGCCACAGAGCUGGAAAGGUGGCCAAACACAGAUGCAAGCCCAGUUCUGUACAGAGCCAGUCUUCGGGUGCUUCCCCACUCUCCCAGAGCACCCGUGAUGGGGACUCCAGCCUCUGUGGUCAGUGAGCCACCACUGUGGCAGGCCCCUACUGAGGCCCGAGGCCGCAAGCAAGCUUCAGCCAACAUCUUCCAGGACGCUGAGCUACUGCAAAUUCAGGGCCUGUUCCAGCGCAGUGGAGACCAGCUGGCUGAGGAGCGGGCCCAGAUCAUCUGGGAGUGCGCAGGAGACCACCGUGUGGCAGAGGCCCUGAGGAGGCUGCGCAGGAAGAGGCCCCCAAGGCAGAAAGCCUUGGGCCACUCACUGCACCACUGCAGUGGGCCCAGAGUCCCAGAGCCUGAUUCUACACUGGCUGACCAAAAGAGCAGUGCCACUGAAACCGCCUCCAGCGAGCAGUUUGAGAACUCCCAGAGGACAAGUGCCAGGGUCCGCCGAAACUGGAAUAAGCCAGGCCCCACAGGCUACCUCCACCAGAUCAGACACUGAUCUGUGAAAGGGCCAGGAAUCAAAAGUAUUCUCCCCAGGAAACACAGGCACUUUUUUGCAAAGGGCCUGGGGAAGAUAUAAAAAGGAGACCUGAGGCAGGCCCCUGGGUUAAUGAAGGCUGCACACAGCCAGCCUGCUCUAUUACAAACAAGAUUGGGGCACCCACUAGACCCUUGCACCAUGUGGGACCUGUUCUCUCAGAUGAGGUAAUACUGAGGCUUUUAGCCUCAGUGCUUCCCAACCUAACACUGCAACUGGGUUGCAUGACAUUCUCCUGGAGGCCAAGUAACAGGCACUCGGAUGUAGCAUCUCAGAACUUCUGCCGCUAAUAGCUUCUGUCACCACUGUCCAGCAAGUUGUCUUGUGCCUCACAUCAGGCCACCAGUACAGGGAAAGAAUCGUUUUAAGUGGCAAAUAAAAACACUUGCAUCAA